GGAGAAAUACAUCGUUUUGAUACCUUUACAAAUGCUUAUGUUGUAGAGAUCGCAAAUAUUAUCAACAUUGCACUAGAGGAAAAAAAACUAUAUAUGAUCGAUGUCACGUUUCCACUUCACAUCAAUAAGAAACUAAGUCAUGGUUCAAGCCAAUUAAUUCUCAAUUUAG